AUGGAACAUUUAGCCACUACGCCAGUAGAUGCUAAACAAAUUCAAAAGUGGACACGCAAGGACACAAUACUAUCUAUGGUGCUUAGAUACAUUUUGAAUGGAUGGCCGUCAAAAUGUCCAAAUGAAGAAAUAAGACCGUAUUAUAGUAGGAAAAAUGCACUCGGUAGUCAGGACGGAUGCAUAUUGUGGGGAGGAAGGGUAAUUAUACCACAACCAGGACGUGAAGCCAUGUUAAAUGAAUUACACCAAGGACAUCCAGGGAUUACUAGAAUGAAAAGUCUAGCAAGAAGCUACAUAUGGUGGCCGGGAAUGGACAAUGACUUGGAAUUAACUGUAGUUAAUUGUUACAGUUGUCAGGAAAACCGCAAGUUACCAGCAGAAGCACCGUUACAUCCGUGGAAAUUUCCGAGCCAUCCGUGGUCAAGAAUACACAUUGACUUUGCAGGACCAUUCAUGAACAAAUCAUUCCUAAUUAUGGUUGAUGCGUAUUCAAAAUGGAUAGACAUACACGUAAUGAAUUCUACAACAUCCGAAGCUACGAUUGCAAAACUUCAACAAACUUUUGCAACACAUGGAUUAUGUGAUCUCAUUAUUAGUGAUAAUGGAGCCGCAUUUACUAGCGAGGAAUUCGCCGAUUAUGUGAAAUCAAAUGGAAUUGAACAUCGUACUUCCGCGCCGUGGCAUCCAGCUAGUAAUGGUUGUGCUGAACGAGCAGUUCAGAGUUUCAAAGAAGGUAUGAAGAAAAUCAAAGAAGGAACUGUCCAGGAAAAGUUGAACCGUUUUCUUUUCAACUACCGUUUAACGCCACAAACAACGACAGGAUUGGCACCAUCAGAAUUGCUUAUGAAAAGGAAACUCAAGUCACGUCUAGAUUUAGUUUUUCCAAAUAUCGAGAAGCGAGUUUAG